GGAUCAUACACUGCAAGGAUUUUGGGAUCUCGAUUCACUCAACAGCCGCAGGGUUAAAUGUACUUGCCGAGCUUCCUCGCUACGGUGGCAAGAGACCUACUAGUACUGUUCCUCUUUGGUCUCAGCUUCUCAGGCUAUGUCGCACUUAUCCGACCAGGUAAACGUUGUCAGCCAUCGAGGUCACCAAGGCUCUCUGUCUUGAACAAGACGACUGUGUGCCUAUCACCGAGGCUGUUGGCCGAGUACAAGGAAAGGGAUAACUCUCAAAUUGAUGUAUACUCAGACUGGUCACGAGUCUAGGAUAACUCCACUAUCUCAACAUCAGGCCGCCUUCCAUGAACUAGACUAACACUUACCUGCUUUCGGCGGUCACCUUCCUUUCCGAGCUCGGGAUCACAGACCAGCCUGUCUUCGGACUUAUCGCUGAUGACGCACUUGGCGCAAUUACUAUGGUGUGGAAGACAAAUAAUCAAAUCUAUGUCAUGGAACGUGAUGUCCAACACUAUGAUAUCAGAGACCCUCUUCAGGCACUACAGUUCAUGUCUAUUCUGCCGCGCCUCGCGCGCCAUGACCUG